CUCGCAGAGCUAUUUAGAGCUCUGGCCUCUCCACCGGGGAUUGGUGCCCGUGGCCCAGGGAGCUAGCAUUCCUGAGCAGGGGAGGUGAGGAGGGAAAAGGAGAGCUUUCAAGUGUUUUCAACAAUCGCCCCCACAGCCCUCUCCAAUGGUUUCCCUCCCUCCCUCCUCCCUAACACCAGACUCCUAAGUUUACUGAAGGAAAACAAGCUCGUUAAUCCAGAUCCAGCCUGACAUAGCAAAAGAAACAAACCACAGUCUCAUGGUGAUAACUCUCGAUUUGUAGAUCAUGAAGAGGAUGGAGAGGCACAUGGUCAGAGGACCACUGUAUAAGCACUUUGAUUUGGAGAGGAAGAACGCCAAGCAGGCUGAAGCCAGACUGAGCCAAAGACUGCAGAGACUAGAGGAUAUCCGCCUCUACCAUAUGAAAUUGCUGACCCGGGAGCAGAGGCAGCUCCAAAAAGACCUGCAGAGGCUGCAGCAAGCAGAUAUCAUGAAGAAAAAGUUCUCCUCUUAUUUUGGGAAUGGAAAUCAGAAGAGACCAGAAGAUGUUCUCAUGUUCACACCACAAGGAAGACAGAAGCAGAGAGUCCCACGGGCUAAUCAAAUUAGAGCAUUAGGAACCAGUAUGACCCCAAAAAUAUGUAAACCCAAGUCCCAGAUGCCUCCAUCACAUCACUCUGGCCUCAAAGACCCCACAAGGAGUCAAGAGCCACCACCAUCUCAAAAUGACAGAGAUGCCUUCUUCACGGAAGAGAAACCACAAGCCCAAGAGAAAGAUUCUCUGAAUCCACCCAAGAGCAGAGACUCCAAUAAGGGCAUCUCUGUCCUAUGUCAAGAUCAAGAGGUUUCCACCAACACCAUAGAACAAGGCCCUGGUUCCAGCCCAGCUGGUGACAGCAGAAUGUCCCAUGCCGAUGAGACCAGAUCACUAGAUGUCAACCUAAAGCCAGAUGUCCUGGGGAGAGAUGAUCUCUUCUCCAUCUCCAUCAAAGAGGCUUUCACUUUGUUACCUGAACCCAUUCAAUGGAGAGAAAAAAUCCAUUUUUUACCUGGAGAUAGAAACAUCUGGAAACUCUCAGAGGUGGGGACUCAGUCCUCACUCAGGGUCCCAAGGAUCUGGAGGCUACUGUAGGGCACCCUGAAGGGUCCCACAAUCCUCAAUGUGGGGGUUGAGGCUGAGUAAGUUGUUACCAGUAACACUGGCAGGACCAGCUCCUCUGAGGGGGAAAUGGCCUUGAAGGCAGGACAGAAGGACUCACGCUUGGGGGUGUAUUGACCCACACCAAGGGCAGUGGAAGCUUAGGUCCAGUCCCAACAGAUGUCAGCAGCCCUACAGCACCACUGACACCCAGAGUUAGGACCGUUGCCAAAAAAAGAAGCCAGAGAUGUGCAGAUUGCUGCAUAAGCCAACACAUUCCCUAACCUCCAUGCACAAAUAGGGGGGCAGGCAUUGGACACUGAGGACAGGAGGAGGGAGAUGGGGCAGCCAGGCCUCUCACUUCUGCCUGAAGCACCUGUAGUAGAACAGGAGCUCCACUGGGUGGGGAAGGAAGACUUAAAACUGGACAAGAACUAUAAGUAAUAAUACCUUAAUGUGGUUAAAUGAAUAUAUACCAGAAAUAAAACUUUUAAAACAAAAAAUGUAUCUGGAAGUUGUUGGAUCAGACUGAGAUAAUAUUAAGCAAAGUUGGUAGCAGUUAUUGAGGGGAAAAAAGAUAACCAUUCCAUGUUCAUACCUCAACAAGUUGAAAUUUCUCAACCUAACCUAUAUAGAGAGGCACUGUGCCAGAUCAUAUUGACUAUAAAGAACACAGAUAUUUAUUAUACGGUCCUUAUCUCAGAUGUGGCUUGGGCUGUGGCCUACUUAAGAUUUAUAAGUAAAAAUGUUUUACUUAAUUAGGUGUAAUAUGAACUAUUUACUAUUUAUGUAAUAUGUAAUAUGAACUAUUUGCACCCUAACUUUCCCAUCUUCCCACCAUUAUUAUGAAUAUGUUGCUGUUAUGUGUUCUAAUAUUAAUAGUAGGCAUCAAUAAAUUACAAAUGGUAAAUGAAAUUUAAUGUAAUUAGUUAAAUUAUUUUUAACUGCUCAAGUUUAAUUCCACUAAAGUUGUUCCAUGAAAUCGGUCAUUGAAGAAGCCUUCCUGGUAAAAGGAAAACACAUAUAAAUAUACGAAUGAAGACUCCAAACAACUUACAUUUUGGUUGGAAUCAAACUGGAUACUAGCAUGGACCCUCCCAACUCAAAAUUAUGAUUAAUAAAGUAUUAGUUCCAAAAUGUGUGAUAAAGAGAAAAUGUAUGCAAGCUAGAUGUAAAGAUAAUUUAAUCACAUAAUUCACUACUGGCAAAAUUUUUGAACAUUCUUGCUGAGGACCACUUGCUCACAAUGAGGUGAAAGAAUGGAGACAAAGAGUGUAGACAAGAUGUCCAAAAACAAAGGACAAAUGCCAGGACUGCCAAACUAGGUGUUUCAUACGUUUUACAGCUGUGGGGAGAGCAAUAAGCAAUGGGCAGGCAUGGGCUUGCAUGGCUGAGGCCCCAACCCAUCUCCCUCUUAGCUUCCCCUUGAGCUCCAGCAAAUAUAAGCAGAAUUAUUAGUGAUUACAACCAUUAUUUUGAUAUUAUUAAAUAAAAGUAGGUGUAAUUUUGCAGAAUAUGUAUAAGAAUUCAUAUUUGAAUGGUGUUUUUUUUCAGAGGAUUUUCCCCUCUUUUUCCUUAGGGUACUGAUUCACAUAAACACUCAGACCCACAACACUCUUCUUAAAAAUGGCUGUGGAAGAAAGGUGCCCCUGAGGUCUCAGAUGGUGGUUCACUCCAAAUGCUCACACCAACAACGUGGUAGCUCUCAGCAUGCGGGUGGGAGGUGAUCAUGUUUCAGGAAACUAAGCAUGAGUAGUGGCUCUAAUAUGUUUUUUAGACUUCAGCAAAUUUUGGUCAAAAUUCUUGGCAGUAUCUUUAUCCAGGUCCAUCUGAAAAUAUUAGCAAAAUUAAGUAUAACUUGGAUUCUAAAAAUUAAAGAAAAAUGAGAUGAAUGAGGU